GCGACGCCUCCGCCUCAGCCCAGCCUCGGCGCCGGGCUCCCGCAGAGGGAGGUGCUCCGCGCCUCGUUCGUUCCCGUAUCGCCGCCGACAGCGAGGAAGGAGGCGCAGGCGGCAAGGCGCUCCCGGAGAACAGGAUCCUAAAAAUUAGCACUAUGACUGAUGGAGACUAUGAUUAUCUGAUCAAACUCCUGGCCCUUGGAGACUCUGGGGUUGGAAAAACAACGUUCCUGUACAGAUACACCGAUAACAAAUUUAAUCCAAAAUUCAUCACGACAGUAGGGAUAGAUUUUCGGGAAAAACGAGUGGUAUACAACAGCAGAGGACCAAAUGGAUCUCCAGGAAAAGCCUUCAAGGUACAUCUCCAGCUUUGGGACACAGCCGGCCAGGAAAGAUUUCGAAGUCUCACCACAGCGUUUUUCAGAGAUGCUAUGGGCUUUUUACUAAUGUUUGAUCUCACCAGUCAACAGAGCUUCUUAAAUGUCAGAAAUUGGAUGAGUCAGCUGCAAGCCAAUGCAUAUUGUGAGAAUCCAGAUAUAGUCUUAAUUGGUAAUAAAGCUGAUUUAUCAGACCAAAGGGAGGUAAACGAAAGGCAAGCAAAAGAUCUGGCAGACAAAUAUGGUAUACCGUACUUCGAAACAAGUGCUGCUACCGGACAGAACGUGGAGAAGGCAGUGGACACACUUCUGGACUUGAUAAUGAAGCGUAUGGAGCAGUGUGUGGACAAGACACAGGUCUCGGAGACAGCCAACGGAGGAAGCUCGGGAAAGCUAGAUUCAGCAAAGCCGGAGGAGAAAAAGUGUGCCUGCUAAACGUCACCUCUAAACUGUGAGAACCAGUGAAAAUACUUCAUCAGAAUACGGCUGACCUACCACCAAAUUCAAACCGGCUCUCUUGAGCCGUGCACAGAAGCAAAGUUACAUUGUUUUAUUGGGAUUGUGCAUUUUUCUCCAAAGAACUGGUUUAAAACUAAAAGCUCUUGUGCCGAAAUGAUUCUUCCUGAUACGGUGCCAUCUUCAUGGAAAACUCUCCCACCUCUUCUUCCCCUCUCCUUUUCCCCCAGCCCUCAUCUUUAUUUUUCAUGUGAUCAGGAUACUGAAUAGAGGAGAGUAGCUUUAUUUUUUUUUUUUAAAAAAGGAGGGAAAGAACCUAUUGUCUGCAUACACUGGAUAUUGAAAUUAAAAUGGAGGUGGGUGGUUUUCUAGGUCUGUGCCAUUUUUCCACAGAAUCCUGUUUCUUUAUAAUUCUUAAUCUGCAUCAGGGACCGUGUGUUUUCUAAGGCAGAGAUACAAAAGAUUUUACGUGGCCUAUUAAGAGAAACUUGAUCGCUUGCACAGAGUAAGCAAUGCUGUGAACCUGUCCUGACUGAAUCACUGAGACGGCGGUUGGGGUGUGUGUGUGUGGGGUGUGUGGGUGUGUGUGUUGGGUUUGGGGGGGGAGGAAGUAGGGCGUUUAAUUUGGAAAAAAAAAUCAUAAUCAGGGAAUUGUGCAGCAUUGCUUGUGUUGCCAAUAAUCCAAGCAGGGAUUGGAGCGUUGUAGAAAACAACUAUGGAGAGGGAUUCUGACGCUGCAGGGACAGUUUAUAAAGAAGAGAGUAUAAUGUAUGGGAACAGAGAUAAACUAUAUUUUAUGGAACAACUUCUUACCGUUAGCAAAAAAUAUUCUCCCCUCCUCAGCUUAAGAUAACUAUCCUAUUUCUUUUUCUCUGAGUAACUGCAAUUCGCAGGUAGGACAUAGGAAAGGACUUGUGGCUGUUUGUGCUGCCUGGAAGGGAGCUGUAAACUCCGCUGUGCUGAGAGAUCCUCCAAGUUAUCACUACGGCUUUGGUUGUCUGUAUGCUUAGGUUUACAACAGAGGACGGCGGUUUACAACAGAGGACGGCUUUCUCGUACUUUUAAAUUCCCUGAGAGAGGGCAACGUGGAAAAAAUGUGACGUGGUACUUGGAGCGAUGGGAGUGCAGAAUACGUGACUGAUAAGGCAGAAGCGUGUUGCGGAAGUUUGCAGGUAUCGCAGCGCAGAGGGUGGAGGUUGCUCUGUGCGUGCGCUGCAGCAGAAGGGCGCAAUGCAAAAGAUUUCUCCUGCGGGUGAAAGCGAAUUCUAGUGAAAGAGCAAAUUGCUUAUCACAAAGAUCAAUACAGGAAAAAAAAAGAAAGAAAAAUACUAUAUUUAUAAGUAUAGAUGAUUUUCUAAACCAAUUUACAGCAUAUUUAUUAGUCUACCCUGUCCUUUUUUGUAGAACAACUGUUCUGUUUUUAUACAGGUGGUAGUUAAAGGUCUAUUUGUGUUUAUUGCGCUUUAAGCUACUUUAAAAUCACUUGGGAGGGUGCAGAUUGGGGGGGAAACACAGAUCUCUUUACAAGUCAAGCUUAAUUAGUCGGGUUGGCAGGAUUGCAGAAUUUCAUUUAUUUAAAUGUUUUCAGCUUUGAUUGAUUGCAAAUUGCAAACUUUGAGAAUAGCAAGCUCAUAAAGUGUUUCAGUGCUUCCCAGAAAUGGAGAAUUUACCAGACUCGUUGCUGAAAAAAUAACAGGUUUUUCUCCCCAGCUCCUAAAACGAUGUUUACUUGAUGAUUUGGCAUGUUAACGGGGCAGAUGGUACAUCCGUAGGAGCACACCCAUUGGGUGAGUAACCAAAUAGCUGCGAUCACCAUGCCAGAAAUCUAACUUGCAGGCUGUAAAGAUUAUAGAAGUGAUAGACCAUACCUAAAGGCUAUAUAUAGUGUAUACUAUACAACCAGGUAUAACGCAGGUCCUUUUAUAGGCUAUAAACAGCCCUAACACCUCAAGAGGUGGAAAAGCUGUUGCAGUAGUCAAGAGGUGAUUUCCCAGGCAGAAGGUGUAAGUAGACUGAUAGCAAGCAGGCUGAUAUUCAGGUGGGUUCCUCAUCAGUUACCUGAGGUACGUAGACUGGAAGUUCAGGGUUUUCUUUGAAGUUGUAUUGCUUUUUAAUAUAUAACAUAAAACGUACCCAUAAUUUAAAAAAAAAAAGUAAUAUGUCUUGAAUUCCUGAAAAUGAUGAUCUGAGGAGCUCCCUGUCUCACUUUCAAAAAAAAAUCUUUCACGUUGUGGCAUCGGAUUUUUGUCCGUCGAAUGGGAGUGAAAGAAGUUGCUAAGAAUGGUAAUACUGACAGUCAACCGGAGCGUAUUUCGCAGAGCAGCUGAAGUGUAGCUUGUCUAAAAGCUGUUACAAAGCCAAAAGCGACGUCGGUAGCAGACAGAUGAUUCGUGCAAAGGUGUGUAAAAUCCCAAACCUGGCACUAUUUCAAAGCACCUCGAUGAAGCUUAGUUGCUUCCAUUUAUCUCUCCACCUGCUGAAACUAGCACUCUUAGAAUAAUAAUAAUAAUAAUGAAAAAAACUAAAAGAAAAAAAUACAGCAGUGAUACCCAGAACAGUUUGGUCUAGAGGAAGGAUUCUCCUAACCUAGCCACUGAGCUUCAGUGACUGAAUUCUGUCAGAGCUGGCGGUCCGUUUCCGGGGAGUUCUGUUCCGUAAGGACACGGUCUCUGAAACUCUCCAGCUCCGAUGGAGCGAGCACAUGGCCAGCUGUCACAGCCCAGUGCGUCUGGUUAGGAAUGAAAGGGAAAUGACUGUAGUAAAAAUUCCAUUGCUUGGUUUGUAUUUAUGUACUUGCUAAUACAAGAAACUGAUGAUUAUUCUGCCUUUUUAAAAAAAUUAAAAAUCUGUGAAUGCAUGUGAAACUAUUAUCCCAAAAGGAUUUUGCCAUCAAAACUUUGUUUGGAGGAAAGGAAGAGAAGGUUAAACAUGCUUCCUCUCCUGGUAGGUGGGAUAGUAGCUCUCAGUUAUUAAAUUAAGAAAAGAGGAAUAUGAUAAGUGAUUCUAAAUGACCACUAACAGCCUUGUUGUUUAUCAGGUUAACUCUUGGCAAAAAAACUAGAUAAUGAACUCUUACUAAAAAUCGCCUUCUGUCCCCCCUCCACCGUUGUCUGACUCCUGGUCCAUUUUAAAUUCAUAACUAUUCCUCUUAGGUUUCCCUUGCCCACCAGCAGAUUCGCAUUCUUAGAUGUCCACUUGGCGACGUCCGUUUGUCUUCCUGCAGCGUCACGGCUCUUGCGAAACCCCUCUGAGCAACCGCAGCCAAGCACAGAUGACUCAGGGCCACUCCUUGCUCCUGUGGUAGGAACUGAAAGCGAUAGCAGUGUUAAGGUUCACGAGUUCUAGGUAAUAUCCAGGAAAUAAUGGUAACUGCAGCAAAGAAAAAACACUGCAAGGGGGUUACUCACAGUCUUACAGAGCCAUGGCUGUGUGGAAAGGAACUUUUCCAUCCCACAUGCUGGAAGACCAUCUCUCAGUUCUGUCCUGUACCCUCUUUCAGAUUGAAGGGCUUUCCUUCACUUCUACUCCAGCUCUGUGGUGGAUCCCCUUAGGUGGUUUUUCCAGCUGCAGUUCGCUGAGCCCCUGCUAGCUGCUUGCAACCCAUUGGAAAAGAGCCGGGGAGCCGGCGGGGCGGUGUGGCACAGCCGAGUCAUCCGUACGGUGUUCAAAGCGUUUCACUUUGACAUGUUCAGUCCUAUAAAUUCUUCCAGGACACCGGCCUGGGAAAUGAAUUUGCUUUCACUUAACAUCUCUGGUAGGAUAUAGCCUCAUCCCAUCCCAGCAGAACUUGAAUCCAGAUUCUCCUGUUUCACAGUUGGAUUAUACAUGCUUGAAUUGGAAGUUAAGCAUUUGCUUUUGAGCACAAAUACAGCUUGUUUGCAAGCCUGCUAGAUAUCCCACAGCAGGGCUGGAGAGAGAGAGAAGGUCCUAUGAUACUUUGUCCAGGGUGAUACUAAAAAUUAAAUGUCGGUGCAGGUAUUCUAACGCUUUUGUCUUGAAUUUCAGUCCAGGCACUGGUUUCUCAAGGUCUCUUUUUGUGUCCUUUUAGAAAUACCUUAUUUCAGUUUUCCAGUAUCCCUCCAGUAAAGUGCUCUUGCUGCAGACUUUAUUGCGCAACGUGCGUGGUGAUUUCUGAACGGAACAGUGCUGUGCACUGACAAAGGUGACAGUAAUACCCGUCCUUCAGAGAUGUGACUUGUGGGAUCUUAGGCUGAGAAUAACUUUGGUUUCUUUUUCUCUCUGCAUAGUUCUGCCUUCCUCAUCUCCAGCAGCCGUCUCGGGCUGUGACAUUUACCGAGACAGUUCAAGUUACCCGACUUCUUGUUCAAUCUGUUCCCUUAAUCCUCUCGGCGUAUCCCAGUUAACCCGCGUAUGCGGCUGAACAUUACACCUCUUGUCUCGUCCUUGGAGCUCGCUGUACUCCAUUCUUCUUCCUGAUCUACAGGUGGUUUUGUCCUCUUGGUUUUAAGCAUGAAUGUAAAAAACGUGCCAUCAAAAAAUGUUAAUACGCUAUGCUAGAGUAGUGCUGGAGUGCUGCCCUGUGGCUAUAGGCACUACGGCGAUCCCCUGGCUGCAGCUCCUUCCAUUCGCCUGCAGCCUUUCGCUCCGUUUCCCUUAUCCUUUGCUAAAUAUUUGCAUUGCCAAAGUCCGGUGUUGCUGUUCCGUUUAGGAACUGCCACAUUGAGUGAAUUCAGACCCUGGGGGUAAUACUCAGAGGAGUGAGGAAACUUAAGAGUCAGCAGGGAAUGUCUUUAAGCUGAUGCUGCUCUUGCUCUGGCAUUCGUGCAUCCUUUGCUGACCGUGCCCUCGCCUUGGAGUACUAGUGCCAAGACCUUUUUUAGGAAUGCAAGAAAGGAAAUGCGCUGUUGUCAAAUGGGAUUAUUUUACUUUUUUUUUUGAUGCGUACAUUGAAAGUACCUUUUUUGGCUGUAGAGAUCACUCCAGCAGUGAAUUUACGCCGCGCGUGUUUACAUUAUGCCGCUGCGGUGCCUCGGCCAGCCCCGCUGCCAGGUUGGGCAUGGGGAGAUGCGAGCCGGUGCCGGGGCAGGGUCCUGUGCUGCUUUGCAUCCUCAGGAAUAAAACAAAUUAUGCAGGCGGAGGGGUGGGAAUACCUUGGGCUGGCUGGGAAUCGCAGGAUAGAAGUGGUACUAAAGGCAAGAUGCUUUAGAGAAGAGAAAUGCCCUUAAAUGUUUACAGUGUUUACCAGGGAGCCCAGUUUGUGAAGUUACUGAAGUUUGGGUGUAAGCGCUUGGCUGAAUUGGGUCUGGAGCGUCUCUGUGAAGUAAGGAGCUAGUGUCAGGGCAAAACAACUAGAGCUAAAAUGGUGUAAAAUGGAAAAAAACCCCAACCUGCACAGAAGUACCUACUCCAUGAGCAUACAGAUGUGAAUAAGCUUAUUUUUGUUAUUUUAUUUUAAAUACUGUCCAGCCCCAAAGAAAAUUGUUCUAUAUCAACUGAAAAAGGCCAGGAGAGUAUUAAUGACUCUUCUUCAGUGCACAGUUUUUAGAUGCUUAAGCAGAUGCUCUCCAGAAGUCCUUACGGGGUCUGUUGCUCGUAGCGAUACCCAUUCAGAGCCAUGAAAGCAUUAGAAAUGGCUUCACAAUCAUUUAAGCUUCUGCUUUCAUGUUAUGAAUUAUUUUUAUCUGCCACCUGCUAGUAACAUGUGGGUUUUUUUCCUUGGUCUAAUGACUCAUUUCCAAAUAAAAGCACUUGCCAGGGGAGCGGCUGCCCUCACAGAGGAGCACAUCCUUGUUCCUCAGCCCCUGGCCGAUGCGGUUUCCCCACUUUACCGUCUCCUCUUCCAGCCAGGAUGCCGCGGCAGAGCCGGCUUGGAGCCCCGGCCGAGUCCUGAGCCCGGUGUCCAGCUCAGCACCUGCCUGCCCUUAGGAGAGGGACCAGCACUAAAGAAAACCAGUAGCAGGAAUUUAAAUAACUUGGUUUUUCCUAUAGCCUUUGCCUUCUGUGGCUUUUUACAGACAUUUGCAAGAGGAAAGGUAUUUGCUUCUCUAAAAAAAGAGGGAGUUUGGGUGCCUGAAACAUGCUCUUUUUUUUUAAAAAAAAGGAAACAGAAGGCAGGAACAGGCAAUUUGCUGACUGCUCGCACGGCUGAGACUGGCACAGAGAUGAUGUAGCAAAAGACAUUUGAGAGCAGCUGCCAUUUCCUUGCUGUCUUGGUAACUUUACAAAAGCCGAUUGCCUUAACUGUUUCCUGAAGGCUACAUCUUGAACAUUCUGAAUGGGUAAAGGGGUGUCAUACAUACGUUUACAUUUUAGAGGGCUGGAUCAUGUAAGAAAGUUUAUUAAAAGUUGUGUAAGAUGGGAUUUUUGAUACAUGCUCCAUAGUGACUCUUUAGGACUGUUUCAAGGUAAGAGGUUUUAUCUCCUAGAACUAUUUCAAACCAUGGAUGUAACUAAAGUUUUCAGCCUAAACUUUAAAAAAAAAAAAAAAAAUCUGGAGCUGUUAUUUUAAAACUUGUAUUCUUGGCACUAUAACUGAAGAAAAGCAGCAAGCGUAAAAAUAACCUCAAGUGACUGCUAUUUUUAUACAGGUGUGAACACCGUAGGAGUUUCAGACCAUGCUCUGAUCUUGCUUACAAAGAAAAGGAGAAAAAAAAAUAAAGUGUUGUAACUGAUGGGAAGCUGUAAAAAUGAAUAGUUUUCUACCUGACUGCUGGGAGUCCUGGCUUGAGGCACCUUUAAAGAGCAAAAACAAAUUUUCACAGCUUCUUUCCUGGCUUAAUAGUUCUACUUUAAACAUAAAUUCCUUUCCUCCCCAAACCCCCCCACAGCCCCAUAUAGGUUAAUUUUUGUGUUUUGUUGUUUGGGUUUUUUUCCAGAGGAUGCGUUGACUUGGGACUAUUGUCUUAGAUGCUGGGCAGAUCUGUUUCUAAUUUAUUAUUCUUAUUUCUAUCUAAACUAGUUCAAGGCGACACAGGAAAUGAUUCUUUGCUAUGUGCUUUUGUUCCGUACGGUUAAUCUAGUUAAAACAUAACUUUAGAAAGUAGAACCUGAAGUUGUCCAUCCUCAUCGCGCAAUAGGGCUUAAUGGACAAUCUGUGUAUUAGAAGCAGCCUGUUGUAUCUUACUCAGCUUUAACUUACGGAAGUUAAAUGGUUCUUCUUUAGUUUUUAAGGCAUCUUUCACCUUCGGGAUAAACACUAAGCAUCCUGUAUCAAUUACCUUUUAAGUGUUUCCUUCUGUUAUGCUACUGUAAGCAUGUUUUAUGUUUGUCUUCAACAGAUCUGUGCUAUGCCUAGUGCUAUAUGAAUGUGAUCGAAACUAUCUUGAACGCAAAUAGUAAUUUUUAUUAUAGAUUGCCCCUUGAUUGGACCGUGGCGCUUACUUACCGAUGUUAAUGUCACUCUGUUGUACCAAAGUACCCGUGGCUUCAAAAAACAUACUGUCAACUGAUUCACUGGUGUCUGGGUUUGUGUAAUACAGCUGAGGAAUGUAUCCUGUGACUCAGUUUCUGCACUGUUAUUUUCAGAAUAAAAGGACAUUUUUAAAUGCGGUGUCUCGGCUGUUUUUGGGGGGGGAAGCAGAGGCUUUUCCCUAAGAGGUACAGCCCCGUUACGCAGCGGUAGCUGCAUUAACCGAGUUCAUCCCGGAGCGACG